AUGUACCAUCCAUCACAAAUGUCCGGUCCCCAAUCGCCACCGAUCCAGCCUGGACCACCCGGUGGCAUGCAACACCACUACCCACCUCCCCCAGGCUCCGAGGCGCCGCACGAAGCUCAGACCUCAAACCAAUAUCCUCAGUACUCCUACGACAUUCAAUUGAAGUUCCCUCCCCAGCAGCACCAACAGCAUCAGCAGCAAGAAAACCAACACCCAAAUCAGCAAUACAACACCGCUCAUGGCCUACCCCUUCCACCCAUGUCCGCACAUGGCCUGCCUCCCCCAAACCAUCAAUACGCUCCAAUGCCUCCCCGAGAGCAGAUGCAGAUUAGCAUGGAUACGACCGGCCAGACUGCGCCUCCGGGCAUGAAGCCCAAAGUCACGGCCACGCUGUGGGAGGACGAAGGAACAUUGUGCUUCCAGGUUGAUGUCAAAGGAACUUGUGUUGCGCGCCGAGAAGACAACCACAUGAUAAACGGCACCAAACUCCUCAACGUAGCCGGCAUGACCCGCGGCCGCCGCGACGGCAUCCUCAAGGCAGAAAAACAAAAACACGUCGUGAAAAUCGGGCCCAUGCACCUAAAAGGCGUCUGGAUCCCCUUUGAGCGCGCCCUCGAGUUCGCCAACAAAGAGAAGAUUACCGAGCUGCUGUACCCGCUCUUCGUCCACAAUAUCGGGAGUUUGCUGUACCACCCAGUUAAUAGCGGGCAUUCGGGUAGGUUUCCCGGUGUCAUGGUUGGUGGGAGUGGGGGGAAUGGAGGGAAUGCAAUGAACAUGAUGAGAGGUCCGGAACAGUUACCGAAUCCGUUGCAUGAACAACAGCAGCAGCAGCAUCUUCAAAAUGGCAUGGGUGCUGAGCAGCAAGGACAGGAGCCGCAACGUGUGCAGUAUGAUCAUUAUCCACACCAACGCUGA